AUCCUCUCCUUUGUCACCUCAAUCUGGCGAAGGCUACUACGUACCCGUCAUACUAGACUCCCAACACCCGUCCGGACGCUCAAGCUACUCGCGACCAAACAGCGUCAAAUUCGACGACGAGCCGGACGAGUCUGGUAUCUUUCCCCGCGACAAGCGACGGAGUACGAAGAGCAACCUUCGAAACGCAAUGGACGACUCACCACCAGACAACCUGAGGUCGACGUUCGAGAGCGACAUGGCCGGCACCGUCCCGCCCGCGCCAGCCUAUCCUUCAAAAGCCAAGACGGCUAUUAUUAUGUUUUCUUUGUAUAUUGCCAUUUUCCUUGUCGCGCUCGACAGAACUAUCAUUGGACCCGCUAUUCCCGCCAUCACAAACGACUUCAAGAGCAUAGACGAUAUCGGCUGGUACGGCAGUUCGUACAUGCUUACGGCUGCCGGUUUCAUCCUGCUCUAUGGACGAGUCUACACCUUCUUUUCGACAAAAACUGUUUUCCUAUCUGGUAUUUUCUUAUUUGAGAUUGGCAGCGUCGUUUGCGGCGCUGCGACGAGCAGCACGAUGCUCAUUGUUGGGCGCGCUAUUGCGGGCCUGGGCAGCAGUGGCAUCUUCACGGGCGCAAUUCUUAUCAUGCUCAACACUGUUCCGCUCGAGAAGCGGCCGAUGCUUCAAGGUCUCUUUGGUGCGUGCUUUGGCGUUGCGUCCGUGGCUGGGCCCUUGCUCGGUGGAGCAUUCACCCAAAGUUCCGCAACAUGGAGAUGGUGCUUUUGGAUCAACCUGCCGCUCGGAGGCAUUACGAUUUUGGUUGUAUUUUUUAUGCUCAAGUUGGAUGAGCAGAAGGAGAAGCUGAAGGGUUUGGGAGAAAUUGUACGACAGCUGGAUCCGCUUGGUACCCUGCUCUUUCUGCCAUCCAUCACCUGUCUACUUCUCGCACUGGAAUGGGGUGCGGCGGAGUACUCUUGGUCGUCGCCGAGGAUCAUUGUUCUCCUCGUCGUUUUUAGCGUGCUCCUUGUCGCUUUUAUUGCAUGGCAAUACGUUACUCGCCACACCACGGCUACCAUUCCCGCACACAUCAUUCUUCAACAGAGUGUCGCCUGCGGUGGUGCGUCCCAGUUCUGCGUUGGAGCAACCAUGCUUACAGUCUCGAUUUACAUUCCUCUCUGGUUCCAGGCAAUCAAGGGCGUGUCAGCAAUGCAGUCUGGCAUCAACACCAUUCCACUUGUCCUUUCUGUCGUGGUCGGCUCAAUACUGUCAGGUGGGUUGGUACAGCGUUUUGGUUACUACACUCCAUUCAUGAUCUUUGGUUCUGUCCUCAUGGCCCUUGGAGUUGGUCUUAUCACAACAUGGAAUGUGAACACCAGCAACGGCAUGUGGAUUGGCUACCAGAUUCUCGUGGGUUUUGGAGUUGGGAGUACCAUGCAGCAUCCCAACAUCGCUGUCCAAACCGUUUUGCGUAAGCAAGAUGUUCCAACCGGAACAGCCAUCCUUUCACUGUGCCAGACAUUGGGUGGAGCAGUCUUUACAGCAGUCGGUCAAAACCUGUACAUCAGCAAGUUCACCGAUGGCCUGAAGGAGAUUGGUGGCCUCGAACCCCAACGCGUACUUGGUGCCGGAGCAACAGAAAUUACCAAGAAUGUACCCGAAGACGUCAAAGUGAGAGUGCUGGAAGCCUACAAUAUCGCUCUGACAAAGGGAACUUUCUUCGCAGCGCUUAUCAUUGCUUGCUUUGCCUUGCCGGCGGCUCUGGGUAUGGAAUGGCGCAGCGUCAAAAACAAGCAAGACCCGCCACAAAAGCCUGCACCCAAUGGAGACGUGGAAAAAUCAACGCCAACGACACCGUGCCGUUCUCCCAAACAGUCAACUCUCUGA